UUUAACAGAAUUCCGCUUCAAAUCUUUCAGUGUUGUGCAACACCUCAGGGCGCAUUAGUAGUGUUAUCAUUAGCUGCGUUUUUACAAGGGUUUAUUGUCAAUGGUCUCAUCAAUGCUUCUAUUACUACCUUAGAGAACAGGUUUCACCUUCAAAGUUCAGAAGCAGGACUAAUAGCAAGUUGCUACGACAUCGCGUCAUGUCUGUCACUUCUUGUUGUCACAUACUUUGGUGGCAGAGGCCACAAACCACUGUGGCUUGGCUGGGGUAUUGUAACAUUAGGUGUGGGUUCAAUAGUGUUUAGUUUGCCACAUUUUCUUGCUCCUGCGCAUGAAAUCACCAAUGCAGAUGAGACAUGCUCACUGAGUGUUAAUGGUUCAACCACCCAGUGUGCAGAUGCUACAUUAAGAAGUUACAGGUACGCAUUCUAUGUAGCUCAGUUGUUGACAGGCAUUGGAGCCACUCCUUUAUAUACGCUUGGUAUCACAUAUUUGGAUGAAAACGUGAGACAAGCGUCAUCUUCAUUGUAUCAUGGUAUUUACUAUGCACUCUCUAUAUUUGGUCCAGGAGUUGGCUUUCUAGUAGCUGGCAACAUACUGAGUAUUUACACCAUAAUUGGAACAACUGUGAACAUCCCAGAAACGAGUCCUCAGUUCAUCGGAGCAUGGUGGCUUCCUUUUCUUUUAUUCGGCAUUCUUACUAUCCUGGUAGGAAUCCCCAUCCUCCUGUUCCCAUGGCAACUACCAGGAACAGAAGAAGUAAGAAAGAACAGAGAGAAUGAGAUGCAUCAGGAUAAAGUGGCUUGCGAGGUGCAAGAAAACUGUGAAUUUGGGAAAAAAAUAAAGGAUUUUCCGAAGUGCCUUCUCGUUAUGUUGCGCAAUCCCUCGUUCUUAUUCAUCUCGUUGGCGGGGGCAACGGAAGGAGCGUUAACUGCCGGACUUUCAACAUUUGGUCCAAAAGUUGUUGAGUCAUUGUUUAAGUUGUCUGCUUCCACAGCUGCUGUUUAUAUUGGGUUAAUCGCGAUCAUCGGGGGAGCAGGAGGUCAAUUCACUGGUGGCAUCAUCGUGAUGAAAGUGAGACUCACUGUGGCAGGGAUGUUCAAAUUCUGCAUAGCUGUCUCAUUUUUUUCCAUGCUUGCGCUUCUUAUUUUGCUGCAAUCGUGUCCGAAUCCUUUAUUUGCUGGUUCCAAUGCUCUGUACCCAAGCACGCAAUCAAUCAAUGGAAUAAUUGCCCCAUGUAACACGGAGUGUGGGUGCAACCCUGAUUCGUUUAACCCUGUGUGUGGUUCAAAUGGUAUUACUUUCUAUAACCCAUGCUAUGCAGGUUGCAUGGACACACUCUCCAACCAAACGUUCUCCAACUGCUCUUGUAUCAAUGGCAACACAACAUCACAACACACAAUACUUGGUUACUGCCCUGGUGAAGCGUGUCCUUCUGGAGGAGUUGUCUUGUUUUUGAUCAUUCUCUUCCUGGCUCUUUACCUUACCUUCUCUAUUGCGAUUCCUGCAUUGCAAGCAACCAUUAGGAUUGUUCCUUUCACUCAAAGAUCAUUUGCUGUUGGUAUUCAGUGGUUGUUCCUACGAGCACUGGGCACGAUCCCUGGCCCGAUUCUAUUUGGUUUUGUCCUCGACAAAGCAUGCAGUGUGUGGGGAACUUCAUGUGGUGUACGGGGAUCAUGCAGUGUUUACACAAACUCUCUCAUAUCAAGGAAUCUGGUCAUAUUGGUGAUUGUUCUAAAGAUUGUCGGUCUCAUAUUCUACUCAGCUGCCUAUCUUACAUACAAACCAGUGCUUGGUACACCCACAGAGACUGAAGAUGUUAAUAUGACAACAGCCACAGCUACAGAUCAGUCAGUCAAGGAGAAAACACCUGUUCACAAUACAGUAGAUAAUCCAUCCUAUGUUGAGGACACUCCCUAAUUAUCUAUAUUCAUAUUUUAGCAUCGUUAUACUGUUAUGGCAAUUACUUUUUUAAAGAAUUGUUAACCCUUCUAACUAUUGCAAGGAAUAUUUAGUUUUUAAAGGCCAUGGGCCAACCUUUAUGUUUAAAGCACUUUUUAGCCAGAAUGUUUUGUUUUUAUUAUAUCAGUAGAUUUUAGUUUUAUUUCCAUUUUAUUUUUAGUGCCUUUUAAUAAUGUAGAUUUUAUAAUUCCUUUUAACGCUUCAGUGGUUUCCAAACUAUUUCUAGUUGUUUAAACUUCAUUUCUAACAGUUGUCUUGCACAACAGUUGAAAUACCAUAGUUUAUGCUUUGUCUCAAAAAUUGUUAUUAUUUUAUGUUCCAUAAACCUAAACACGUCCAACAGGCAUGUGCAUCCAUUCACUGAUUUAAUUAUUAAAUUUCUAAAUCUGGACAGUAUUUUAAGCUCUUGCAAGUAACAAUUUAUAAUAACACGUAAACAUUGACGUUCAUUUAAAGGUAUUUUUUUGUAAUCCAGUACCACUUGAAAUGUGUACCAUAGUUUGGGAACUACUGUGUAUGUAUUAUACUGCAUUAUCACCUAUUAGUAUUAACUAUUAACCAAAGUGUCUUAGAUUAAUGUUGAAUUAAUAUUUCAAUCACUGGCAGUUUUAUGUUCUGAAUAAUUUUUUUAUUUAUAUUGCAUUUCUAGCCUUUUUUAAAUCCGAAUGUUUUGCAUUAUUACCUAUUGAAAACUCUUCUUUUCAUUAUCACAUUCCAUCCUCCUGCCCGAACAAAACACCAUUUUUAGACCCUUUACUAACUUCUUCCGAAUUUAGCAGUUAUAACUGCUUUACUUUUUUACAAUUUUUAGUAGUUUUUACAAUUAAGUUACUCCUAUAUUGCUAAUCAUUAACAGUCUAUGCCAGUGAAUAUGACAUACUUGUUCAGGUAUUUCAUAGUAUAUGCAUCAGUGAAGGCCUAAUACUUAUUAUCAGUUACAUGCAUAUAAAGUUUUUUGUAUUGAACAAA